CUCCUUCACCUCCAGUCACCAUCCCCGCCACCCCCUCCAGCUGUCAGCACCCAGCUCGCUGGAGGAGGACUCCCUCAGCCAAGAGAGCGACGUGUACGGGCCCGUGUUCGUCCAGGAGCCCGAUGAUGUCAUCUACCCCUUGAACUCCGAAGACAAGAAAGUGUUGAUGAGCUGCGAAGCGAGAGGAAACCCCCCACCCAUACUCAGCUGGUUCAUCAACGGCACGGAGGUGGACCCCGAGGACGACGACCGCUACAGCCUCGUCGACGGGAACCUGAUCAUCAGCAACGCCAGCGAGACCGCCGACUACGGGAAGUACCAGUGCCGCGCGACCAACGGCCUGGGGACCGCCGUGAGCCGCGACGCCCUGCUGCAGUUUGCCUACCUCGGAGCCUUCAGUCCUAAGACCAGAGGGGGCGUGUCCGUACGGGGAGGCCAAGGGGUGGUGCUCAUGUGCACCCCACCGCCACACUCUCCAGAGAUCAUCUACAGCUGGGUGUUCAACAAGUUCCCGUCGUUCGUGGCCGAGGACAGCCGGCGCUUCAUCUCCCAGCAGACGGGGAACCUGUACAUCUCCAAGGCCCAGCCAUCCGACGUGGGCAGCUACAUCUGCCUGGUGAAGAACAGCGUAACCAACGCCCGGGUCCUCAGCCCCCCCACGCCCCUCACGCUCAAGACAGAUGGGGUCAUGGGCGAGUACGAGCCUAAGAUUGAGGUGCACUUCCCCCCGUCCGUCCUAGCUGCCAAGGGGCUCACCGUCAGGCUUGAGUGCUUCGCUCUGGGGAACCCCGUGCCCACCAUCACCUGGAGGAAGAUCAACGGCAACAUCCCCAAGAAGGCGCGCCUGCGGAAGUCCCAGGCGGUCCUGGAGAUCCCCAGCGCCCAGCUGGACGACUCGGGGACCUACGAGUGCAAAGCGGAGAACCCCCGCGGGGGAACGGCCUUCAAGGGCCACCUCCAGGUCUACACCAUCCCGCAGUGGACCCGGCUGAUUAAUGACACCCAGUUGGACAGUGGGGAGACGCUCCACUGGGAGUGCAAGGCGGCAGGCCGGCCCAGACCCACCUACCACUGGCUGCUCAAUGGAUCACCCCUGAUGAUCCAGGACCGAGUGGAAGUGGUCAACGGGGAGCUGAGCAUUCGCAACGUGAUGCAGUCAGACUCCGGGAUGUACAGCUGCGUCGCCGAAAACAAGUAUGGCACCGUCUACUCCAACGCAGAGCUCAGGGUUUUAGCGUCGCCGCCUGUUUUCAUCCCCAACCCCGUGCGGGUCAUCGCCACCCUCGGUAAGGACGUGUCCCUCGCCUGCAAGCCCCGGGCCUCGCCCAAGCCCCGGGUCACCUGGAGGAGAGCGGACAGCCGACGGCUGCAGCAGAGCAACCGGAUCAUGCUGCUGCGGGACAACACGCUGAGGAUCGUGAACUCCAGCCGCGCUGACGAGGGCCACUACGUGUGCCUGGCGGUGAACACCUUCGGCUCGGCCGAGAUGACGGCCAUGCUCUGGGUGAAAGAGCCCAUGCGCGUGGACCUGAGCCCCGGGCGGCUGGAGGUGACGGUGGGGGAGAGCGUGGUGCUGAGCUGCAAGGCGACCCACGACACGUCGCUGGACGUCGGCUUCCAGUGGUCCUUCAAUCAGCGGCCAAUCAACUUCCAGAAGGACGGCGGCCACUUGGAGUACAUCCAGACCGUCAGAGCACAGCAGUCUUCUACAGUGGACUUGAUGAUCAGGAGCAUCCUCCUGAAGCAUGCUGGGAAAUCGGAUGACGGGCCCACACUCAGCGCGACGUCGUCUGUUCGCGAGGCUGGAACUCUGGUCGUGGUAGGCGGAGGGCCUCCCGGACCCCCCGGGGUGGUGAUUGUGGAGGAGAUCACCGACAGCACAGCCACCCUCUCGUGGAGCCGUGGGCUGGACAACCACAGCCCCAUUAGCACCUACAACCUCCAGGCCCGGAGCCCAUUCUCCCUGGGCUGGCAGACCGUCAGAACAGACCCCGAGCCCGUUACGGGCACCAUGGAGUCUGCCAUGGCCGUGGACCUGAACCCCUGGGUGGAGUACGAGUUCAGGGUGGUGGCGAGCAACGCCAUCGGCACGGGGGACCCCAGCGCCCCCUCCAGGGGAGUGCGCACCAAAGAAGCAGUCCCGGCGGUGGCGCCGGCUAACGUGAGCGGAGGAAACGGGCGCAGGCACGAACUGGUCAUCUCCUGGGAGCCGGUGUCAGAGGAGUUCCAGAACGGCGAGGGCUUCGGCUACAUCGUGGCGUUCCGCGCCAACGGCACACGCGGCUGGAAGGAGAAGAUGGUGACCUCGGCCGACUCCACCACGUACAAGUACCGCGACGAGACCUUCCCGCCGCUCACGCCCUUCGAGGUCAAGGUCGGCGUCUACAACAACAAGGGGGACGGGCCCUUCAGCGCCGUGGUCACCGUGUACUCGGCCGAGGGCGAGCCCAGGGAGGCCCCCUCGGACGUCAAGGCGUCCGGAAUAUCUGCCUCCGAGGUCAGGGUCACGUGGAGACCCCCCAUCCCCGGUCCUGGAAGACCCGAGCGCUACGAGGUGAGCUUCUGGAAGGACGUGGAGCAGCAGGAGCAGUCCGGAUCAAAGCGUCAGACUGUGAGGAACGAGACCUCGGUGGUCCUGAGCGGUCUGGACGGGAACAGUCUGUACCACGUAACGGUGAGGGGCUUCAACACCAUAGGGCAGGGUCCGCCCUCCGCUGCCACCACCGCAAGGACCCGCAAGACCCCUCCGGAGCAGCCCCCCAUGAACUUGAGGUGGAUCCAGGAAGGCAACAACGUGUCCCUGUCUUGGGACCCGGUCCGGGCCCAAGACAACGAGUCUGAUGUCGUGGGUUACAUGGUGUUCCUGCGCCAGGAGGGACGAGGACACAACCAGGUGACCCGGACCAUCAACCCCUCAACAGUGCUCUCUCUGCCCGAGGGGGGCACCUACAUCAUGGAGGUCCGGGCGCUGAGUGACGGAGGCGAGGGGGCGGUCAGCACCCAGGUCCGGGUCGUGACCUCCUCCGGUGUGAGAGCCAAGAGCUCCCAGGGCUCGGUGCAUCGCCCCGCCAGCAGCCCCGUAUGGACCUCCAUCCUCCUGCUACUGCUCCUCCUCCCGGUGCCUUUCUCUUCCUGGUGA